AUGAAACUCUUCCAAUUCCUUAUUCUUCUUUUUUCAAUUCUUUUCGUAAACGUCUCUGCAAUUCAUCAUAAGAGACAAGUGAUUCGUCGAAAGGGAAUGGCGCGAGACAAUUUCGGUAACGAUCAGACUCUAAUGGGCGGACGCAUUGGAAUGGUUAUCAGAAAGCCGAAUAUCGAUCCUAAAGGACCAAUUAUCAAAGGAAAAGGAUAA